CUAUUUGCGCUGCGAUUGGCCGUGGCUUCAAAGUGGGAAGUACGCCGGUGUCUCCCUGGUUGCGCAAGACGCCAUUUUGGAGUGACAGUGAAAGAUAACGCAAAGAUCGGGUUGUCGUCUCUGUAAAGCUUUGCCAACAUGGGGAAUGUAUUUGCAAGCUUAUUCAAGGGCCUGUUCGGCAAAAAGGAGAUGAGAAUUUUAAUGGUUGGCCUCGAUGCUGCUGGAAAAACAACAAUCCUAUAUAAACUGAAGCUCGGAGAGAUAGUCACCACCAUUCCCACUAUUGGUUUUAAUGUUGAAACGGUAGAAUACAAGAACAUCAGCUUCACGGUGUGGGAUGUGGGCGGUCAGGACAAAAUCAGGCCGCUGUGGCGCCACUACUUCCAGAACACUCAAGGGCUUAUUUUCGUGGUGGACAGCAACGACAGGGAGAGGGUGAACGAGGCGAGGGAGGAGCUGUCCAGAAUGCUGGCUGAGGACGAACUGAGAGACGCUGUGCUGCUUGUUUUUGCAAAUAAACAGGAUCUCCCCAACGCUAUGAACGCUGCAGAGAUCACAGACAAGCUGGGCCUACACGCUCUCCGUCAGCGCAGCUGGUACAUCCAGGCCACCUGCGCCACCAGUGGAGACGGUCUCUACGAGGGCCUGGACUGGCUCUCCAACCAGCUGAAGAACCAGAAAUGAUCCAUUCCACCAGUUUUUUGUUUUGUUUUUCUUUUUUUUUUUUUCUUUGUUUGUGGUUUAUUUUUAUUAUUUUGUUUUCUGUUUCGACACCGCUGCAGCACCGGACCCCGGCCCCUCUGCUCCAUCUCUACCCCCGUUCCCCGGACCGACCCGGCUCUUUCUUUCGAGAACUUCCUUCCUGCUUUCUCCUCUUCCGUCUGUGCUCUCGGGGCUCGAGCCUGUGCUGCUUGUGUGUGUGUGUGUGUGUUUGCGGGUGGUGUGUGUGUACAUGGGUGAAUGAGUGUGUGUUCAGCGAGUGUGCGUGUGGGCAUGAAGGCGUCUCUGUGUGUGUGUCGGCUGGGAUUGGGAGUAACCCUGGCGUGCCUUUUACACACCUCCUGUGGAAUCAGCAGUCUGGUUUUCAAAACCCUUCUCCAUCCACCGACGUCAGCCUCCUCCCCGCUUGGCCUACCCCCACUCUCAGUCUUGCACGGCCCCCUUCUCCCCACCCUAACUCUGCAGAGGAAGCAUGGUUUUCAUACGGCAAAGAAAGAGCAAGGGUGUAGGCUCUCCUCACUUUAGUCUGAUCUGUGAUAAGUAGAAACGCUCACUCAGUGUAGAUCGAAUUCUAAAUGUUAAUUUUAACCUCCUUGAUUUUGAAACCCACCAGUAAGAGAUUCAAUAAAUUGCAUCUUAACCUGUAUCAGGUCAAAGCAAAAUCAAAAGAAAAAAAAAACACAGUUUGAAAACACAUGGGAAAAAAAAAUAGAAAAAAAAAGCAGUUCAUCCUCGGUCAUUCUAGUGUCAUUUGAAAAUCAUGCUGUUUGUUUUAUUAUUAUUAUAUUGGAAAUAUAGCAGAUUAUUCCUAUUGAUGGCUCUCCAGUGGACACUAACUUUCUCCCCGAAGCACAAGGCAAGCCAACAAUCUUCAAAUAAAAGUCAAAUUCUGUCAGUUUACGUAUGCAGCCCUCGUCUUUUCUGCUCCCUCGGUAAGCCCUCCUUUUAAUUCCCCGGAGUAAUUUGGAUCUUUGAGUCUGAUGAAUCAUUCUGAUGGCGUUCUCACACUCGUACUUAAGCCUGAGAACAGGAGCUUCACAUUAUUCCUUUAAGAGAUGUUACAUGUUUGUUUUUUUUCUCAUUAGUUUUAGCAUUUAUAUUGUACAAUGACUGCUGAACCAAAUG